AUGCAAGCUCCACAGCAAGCCCUAAAACUAUCACUGUCGGAAUCUUUUCCAGGGCCGACGAUAGAUCAAGUGAGGCAACUAGCCCCAGUACCUGAUGACCAGAUCAGUAUUUGGAAAGACCCCAAUAAGGUCGCUCACGUCGGUUUCCACGGCCCAGGACGACAUGCUACCACUCUUGAGCUUGCGCAGGGAUGCCAAUCCUGGUGGCCGGAUAGCCACGAUAACAGCGAAUACGAUAGAGAUGUCAAGAACAUUUGGUACUCUACUUUGAGAUGGCAUAUGGGGGAGAUCCUCAGCCGAGAUAUCAAGCGACCCAUUGUCAAGGCUGGCAAACGACCAGAGAAAGAGCUAUUCCCGGAGCCUGAACUGCAAACCAUGCUCAAGAAGAUGGGCAAGACGGUCCGGAGGGUCGUUGUGAUGGGGCUUGGAACACUCGAAAAGGCUAAACAGGAGGACUUUCCUCACAACUAUCGAUCUUACAUGUUGGUCCGGCAGAUUAUAGGCAGUUUGUUGGAGAUGCUGAGGAAGGAAUACAUCAAGGAUUGGAGCGAAAAGCCACACGUCGAAGUCAUUUUCGAAGAUGAUUGGUACACGGACUUCGACAUCGAAUUCUUGAGCAAAGAAUUCUUCGUCCUUCCUGACGUGAGAAAUGAGGUGAGCGUCUCAGUCCGCGCAAGCAAUAACGGAGGUUGGUUAGACGCAAUAGUACCAACUGAUGGCCGCGGUGGAUGGAUGGGUGAUGACUGGAUGUUCAUCACGUUCAACACGAAGACGCCCAUACGGCAAGUCCUCGCUGGACACGUCUGCGGGCCCGAGCCGCCUGAGCCGCCAAACCCUAUCCAAGGGAAAAGAAAGAAGCCGAUGAAACCUAGCGCGAUCAUCUGUCGACCUUGGGGGGAUCAGGAUCCGGAAUCAUGCGAUUCAUCAGAUGAACGCGUUAAAAAGUUUUUUCAGGGUUACAAUCAGAUAGAGCUGCUGAAGGAUGACCCCAAGGGGCUAGGUCAUUCAGUCUUUCAUUAUUUGGAGCCUCGAGAGGUCGGGAAAUUCGACGAAGAGCGAUAG